GAUGUUGCCAUGACAUUUAAGUAAUCAAAGAUGUCGUCCACAACGAGUGCGAGUUCUGUUGGCCGAGAUGUCGAAGCCAGGGAAUACCUUGAACAGCAUCGUGUUCUGGAACUUUUUAAUAACAUGACUGCACAGCUUAUUUACAAAAGACCUGAGAAUCCUAAGAAGUACAUGAUAGAUUUGCUCGAAAAACUUCAGAGAUCUAGAGCAACUAAACACGAUUAUCCCUGUCUCUUUGAUGAUACGAACAUUCAGUCAGUUUACAACAUGCUGGACCCAACCAACCGGGGAUUUAUCACACUGCAACAGUACCAAGAAGCCAUGACAACUCUUGGGGUUUCACCUAUUGUCGAGAAUAUUGAGGGAGCAAAUGAAGACAAAAUUAACUUUGAUGUAUUUUUGUCGCAAGCGAGAGCGGGAUUAAGUAAAGCAUCAGCCACAUUUAAAGCAACAUAAUGAAACGGACAUUAAUCAACGUAAUUAACAUAAGCUCACCUUGUACAUGACUGUAAAUAUUAAACUUUCAUCCACAUCAUU